AUGAAAAAAAGGUUUGAGAAGCAGCAGCGGCAACUCAGUUGCGAAAUUCGGCUCUAUUUCCAGACUGCCAAGGUCGAGAUUCCUCCAUCGAUGAUCGUCACCCCGCUAGUGAAGAAUUGCGCUGCAGUCACCGACGAGGACGGAAGUGCACUGUGUAUCCUGCUGUCGGAACUUAUUGACAGCGAUGUAGCAUCACUCGGUGCCCCUCCGCUCUCGGCGGUGUAUGCGGUCUUUGAUCUCGAGAACAGUCGAUUUGGGAUGAUGGCACAGGCAGAAGUCAACGAGUCUGAGACAACAUGUAGCAUUGAGGACAUUGGGCCAGCUGAGCCAUUAAAGGAAGCAUGCGCUUUCGCCAUCACCGAUUUUGGAUUGAUUGUGUCUUGA